AUGGGGUUUCAGGCUUGGGUUUCUAUGUGGGAUUGGAUGGAGAUGGACAGCGUGAAGGGUCAAGUACCUGUGGAUGAAAGGCAGCACAGCCAACUGGAAACCAACCCAUCAACUCUAUUAUCAGGGAAAAACAAUCAAGAAAUUCCCUGCAAUGAUAACAGGCAGACUAAAGCUCCCUCUACAUCUGAGAUACAGGUCCCUGUGAGCUAUGUGUACCACCUGCUACAACAAGAAGAUCAUUACACCCCCUGCCUAGGUUCCACUACCUCAUAUUUCUUCCUUGCCAUGCUUGAUUACCUUACUGAAUAUAUUCUGGAGGUGGCAGGCUCUGAAGCCAUCAAGAACAGCCAACAAAGCACUUCACAAGAUGCAGAGAGACAAGGAGAGAACAACUGUAAGACCACUUGUGCCUUCAAGAAUGUACCCUUCUCUGAUGAGAUGCCUGGAUCCCGAAGAAAUGGCUAG